AUGUCCGUCACCACCAAGGCUACCAUCGCCUCCUUCGGCGGCAAGCUGCUCAAGCUGACUCACAAUGCCACCACUACCCGCUGCGAGAUGGGCUUCAACCUCUAUCUCCCCCCAAAGGCAGACUCUCAGAUGGUCCCCGUCCUAAUUUACCUGUCUGGUCUGACCUGCACCGCCGAUAACUGCUCCGAGAAGGGCUUCUUCCAGCACGCUGCUAGCAAGCUGGGCAUUGCUGUGCUGUAUCCUGAUACUAGCCCUCGUGGUCUGAAUAUCGAGGGCGAGGAUGAUUCUUAUGACUUCGGAACUGGUGCCGGCUUCUACGUCGACGCCACCAAGCCCCCCUACAACAAUGGAUAUAACAUGUACAGCUACAUCACCUCGGAGCUGCCGCAGACCGUCUUUGCUGCUUUCCCGCAGCUCGACUCCAGCAAAGUCAGCAUCACUGGUCACAGCAUGGGUGGUCACGGUGCUCUCACUCUGUUCCUCCGUAACCCCGGCAAGUACCGGUCCGUCUCGGCCUUUGCCCCGAUCUGCAACCCCAUUAACUGCCCCUGGGGCCAGAAGGCCUUCAAGGGCUACUUCGGCGAGGACCAGGAGAAGUGGAAGGAGAACGAUGCCACUGAACUCCUGAAGAAGUGGACCGACAAGGAUCUUGAGAUUCUUAUCGACGUGGGCACCGGCGACAACUUCUACAAGCAGGGCCAGCUUCUUCCCGAGAACUUGCUGGCCGUCGCUAAUGAAAAGGGAUUCAAAAACGUCAAGGUCAACUAUCGCGAAGACUACGACCACUCGUACUAUUUCAUGGCAUCAUUUGCCGACGAGCACGUCGCGCACGCGGCAAAGGCAUUCGGAAAAUAG